GUCCACCACACCCCACCCACGCACGAGCAAGUGAGGAGGGCGAGAUGACGUCCAGCCACCGCCGCCUCCGCCCCCGCCCGACGUCGGCGCCGCCGCUGGAGGACGACGACCUGCUCGACGAGGUCCUCCUCCGCCUCUCCCCGGAUCCGUCCUCCCUCCCGCGCGCCUCGGCCGUCUGCACCCGCUGGCGCCGCCUCGUCUCCGACCCCGGCUUCGUCAGCCGCUUCCGCCUCCGCCACCGCCGCAGCCCUCCCAUCCUCGGCUGCUUCAUCAGGGACAAGCAGAGCCCGAUCGUCUCCUUCGUGCCCACCAUGGAGGCCCCCAAUCGCGUCCCCGCCGAGCGCUUCUCCUUGCAGCUCGCCGGCCGCGGCCCCAUCACUUUCCUCGACUGCCGCCACGGCCUCCUGCUCAUGUUCCUCCCGUGUUGGAUCAAGGUCCUGGUGUGGGACCCCGUCACCGGAGACCAGCACCGCCUCGACAUUCCCCCGGGGUUCGACACGAAGCAGGGGAUCGGCGGGGCGGUGCUUCGCGCCGCCGGGGCCAUCAGCCACUUCCAGGUGGUCUUGUUGGGCAGAGACAAACAAGUGAUCACCGCCUGCGUUUACUCGUCCGAGGCGGGCGUAUGGGGCGGUCUCAUCUCGACUCCGCUUCCAAAUGAGGUGCCAGUGGACUUCGAUUUUAGGGGGGUGCCUGUGCUGAUUGGGGAUUCCCUUCACUGUUUGAUUACGGGUAGCUGUUCUGGAAUCCUUGAGUUUGAUUUGAAUAUGGGGAUCCUAACCGUGAUACCAGGGCCUGUGGAUAUUUUGGAUGCGGGCCGUUGCCAAUCCACGGUUAUGCGGGCAGAGGAUGGCGGGCUUGGUGUUCUAUUCAAGUCAGACUGCAAUGUCCAAUUAUGGAGGAGGAAGAUUGAUUGUGAUGGCGAGGCCUCAUGGGUUCUGGGGAGAACUUUUGAGCUAGACACGCUGCUUUCCCUGAAUUCAGAGGACAAAAGGUACACGGUGAUGCUAGGCUUGGCCGAGUACAAUAAUACGGUGGUGGUGCAGACAGUUGCCGGCCACUUCAUGGUCCAGCUCGAGUCAUUGCAGUUCAAGAAGAUGUCCGAAACCAUCAGUUCGCAUUUCCAUCAACCAUUAGAAAGUGUCUAUACUGGAGAAACAAGCAUUGGUGGUGGAGGACAUAAUGGAGCUGAACUUUUGCACAACCCUUAAGAUGACUGUCUGGUUCAUUAUGUUAUUAUGAUGUAUUGGUUGAGUAGGAGAAAACUCCGUGAGCACCGCGUGUCCGUGUCGGGACUCGAACGAACUCGGGUGGGCUGGCAGCAACCUCAGCUGCCCAGCCAACGGGUCGACGCCCCGUCCUCACUCCUGUGUGCUGUUUAAAGUAUACUUUGUUACCUGGUUUUGUUUUCAGCAGCGGAAAUGGGGCCUGGUCGAGAGUCUUUUUCCUCUAAAAAAUCUGGUCUCAGGUGUCUAGAAUUGCAUUGGUAUUACCUAUUUGCGUUCUCUGUUUUUAUUACUCUAGAAGCUGCAAGUAUAUCACAGCACUGCAUAUUACAUAUUUGCGUUUGCUGUUUCUGUUACUGUUUUCUCCCAAAUAUUGCUGGUUUGGAGUUUUCAGCGCAAUUUCCAGUGAUGAAACUAAUGUUUACUACAGUAUUUGAAUCACACACAAAUUAUGAGACUGUAUAACUUUAAUGGGUUUCCCAUGAUUUCUCCACAGGUGUCUAGAACUGCGUUCUGGUUGCUGAGAUGCAGGAAUGGGAUUGUAUGCUGCAGGUUCUUCUAUUUCGUGCGCUUCACAUGUCGAUCGACUCUCUGUAGCGCACACUCAUCGAGUGUGGAGAGUAACUGCAGGAAUUAAUCAUUUAAUUUGAUAACUACCCGCUGUUAUUACCUAAUCGAAACUUCUUCCCGCACAAUACUUGUGCCCGACAUGUGCACGAUGUGCAAAUCCAGCGGCUAGUGCCCUUCUCAGUCAUAUGCAUGCUCGGCUGGAUUCAAUCAUCGUCUAUGAGUCGUGCAAAACUUGCUGUGUGUAUAGCACGACUCUUAUCUAAUUUCUGGACACAAAUAGCCAUUCAACUUUCAUGAUGAAUACUUCGUCUUGCUUCAA